UCUAUUUAUAAUAUAAAAAAAAUAUAAGCACAUGAUUUUUCCCCAGAAUCCAUUACAUAUGGAAUUAUUAAAUUUCAAUAUUCAAAACAACGACUUUUCCAUAUGAACACAAACAAACGACAAAAGCUGCGCGCGCUAACGUGUAGGAAUUCUAGUGUGGGGAACACGCAAGGCUUUGGUGAGUGUGUGUCAAGAAGAAGGAAUGCUUUGCUAAAAAAAAAGGAGAAAAAAAACUAAAAUACUAAAUUUUUACACGAAUUUUUGAAAAAAAAAACUAACGACAAUGGGAAAUCAUAUGGUAAAGAAAGGAAGUGCUAAGAAAAAAAUUGGUGCUGCAGCAACAGGUGGUGUUGUUCAAGUAACCACAAAAACCAUGUCUCGGAGUCCUUCAGGAACAGAUUUUCAGAAUGGAUCACACACUCACUUUAUUCCCAUUGAGAAUUUAGCUAAAAUAUUAGCUGAUAUUACACAACGUGAGGAAUCAAUUAAUGGUAUAACAUCGAAUGUAAUUAAAAAAUAUUUAUUUCCCCAUUAUUCUGAAUUAGCAGAAAAAUUAUUCAUUUAUCUUCAUUCUUGUGCAAAAGCAACAACAGCACAUCUUGGUGUUGUUGCUUUUAAACAGCAAGCAGAAAAAUUUAUCUCUAUAAUGAAUGAUGAAUCUGUACUUGAGAAUUAUGUGAGAAUGUAUUCUAAUUUAAAAGGCGAUGGAGAUGUUAAUACAAAAAAUUUACAAUCAUUACUUAUGAUUUCCUAUGUUUUGGCCAUGGGCAAUGCCAAUAUGGUUACAUUGCUCAGUGCCGAGCGAAUCAUCAACGCUGUUCUUGUUUCUUGCUUUCAUGGUAAGGAAAGUUUAUCGGUGAAUUAUGUGACUCAUUGGCUUUGGCAAAAUUGUCCUCAAAUUGUACAUGGAUUGCAUCGUUAUGUGGUGCAUGUUUUAACAACUGCUUAUCGAUUUGGAAAUAAUCUUUUGUGUAAAGAAGAAUCACAACCACAUUUAGAACCAGGAACACCUAUUUUGGAGCAAUCACACGAUGCAUUCGAUUAUUCUGAGCCCUUUUUGCCCGUCAGUUAUGUUUGGUUAUUGUCCACUAGUCUACCCUCAAUUUAUACACAGAUAGAAGAUCCACAAAUGGAGGGAAUGCAAGCGUUGAUAUCAAAAAUGUCGGGUCAUAUUUGCCCAAAACAUUGGACAUUAUUAUAUAACAGCGAUCAACAUGGAACAGGUGUAAAUCGUUUUUUACAUCAUGUAUUGGGCUAUAAAGGACCAACAUUAAUAUUUAUAAGAGCUGUGAGUGAGGAGGAAGAAAAUUCACCGACUUAUUGCAUUUGUUCAUGCGUUGAAUGGCGAGAAUCACAUCUUUAUUGGGGCGAUGAAGAUUCAAUGGUCAUUGAAUUAUUACCAUCGUAUCGUGUUGUUGAAAAAGGAUCAAAACUUUUGUACUUAAAUACUGAAAUUCGUGGCUAUCCACAGGGUUUGAGAGCAGGAAAAGAUCCCCGUGAUCCAAGCAUUAUUGUUGAUCAAGUUUUUAAUUCUGUUACUUUUGAACGUGUCCCAUAUCGUAUCUCGAGCUUAGAAGUUUGGGGAUGCGGCGACGCAAAAUCAAGAGAAAAACAAUUGGAUAUUAAAAAAUGGCAAGCAAAAGAAGCAGAGAAGCAAAGAGUUGUAAAAUUAAGCGCUUCCGAAUGGCUGGACCAUCCUGAUCGUUAUUUAUUAGAAUUGGGAGGUAGACAAACAUAUAAUAGUUCAAGCAGUUGAAAAAAAAGCAAUUAACUUGACUUGUAAAUAUGUAAAUAAUUCGAGUGUUUGCGUGUGUGUAUUGAUAGCAAAACGCAACACUCAUGUAUUCAGCAGAGAAGUAACAAAAAUUAAUUAUAAUUCCAAAUCAGUCAAUAUUUUUUUAAAACAAAAAAAAAAUUCCAAUAUUUGGAAAAAAAAUAAUAGACUAAUUUGGAAUCUAAAAGUCUAAUUGCAAAUUUAAAAUACAUAUAAAGUGCCUAGAGGUCAAAUUUUAGAUGGACAAUUCUCAAGUGCCAAUAAGAAUUUUUUUUUUAAUUUUUAAGCAUAAAAGAAGGAAUUACUCGUUUUUUAAAAAACAAUAUUUCUAUCUUGUAAAAAAAGUAAAUUUUUAAUUUAGAAUCUUUAUUUUGCAAGUAUAACACUUGAAUUCGAGAUUAAUGUGCAAAGACUGGUACGACUGAAAACAGGUUAUUAUUGAGGUAUCGGUUUUUUUUUUUUUUUUUUUUUUGUUUUUAAAGAGUUGAAUUUUAUCAUUCUAAAUUAGAUGAUAAGUUUUAAGGAUUUUUAGAGCUAUUUUUUAAAAUUAUUUUAUCCACGCACAAGAGAAAUAUUUUAUUAGUUAGACUUUUUCAGUGAAAAAGUUAUUUUAACCUUAUUUUUAAAAUUUUAUUUUCUUUAAUUUUUCUUGUUCCAAUAACAGAUCUUUGUGAUUUUUCAAUACAAAACCUGUUUUUGGUCUUGAAAAAAAAAAAAAAAUGAUAUGAUUAUUAAAAUCACUGCUCGUGUAAUUUUUAGCCAUAGAAUAUAUAGACUGUAAAUAUAGAACUUGUACUUAAACAAGUAUUAGAAAUUGAUUACUUAAAAGCUAAACUGUGAAUUUUAUGUCGAAAAAAAAAAAAAUAAAAAGGCCUCAAAACUUAAAAUUGAAAGUAUACUGGGCAAUAAUUCCCCUUAAUUUAUGAAAUAUGAAAAAAUAUGUCUAUAAAAUAUUAAUAAUUGUUAAGAAUAAAAAAAAAUUUGUAAAUUAAAAUGUUAUAACAAAAGUAUGAAAAAAGUUUGAAAUAACUUGCAAAAAUUUAUUUUUCAUACGAUAUUAAGCAAAAAAUUUUAUUGUUUAUGAGAAAAUAUUUAAAAAAAAAAGAAGCAUAGUUUACUUAUAUUAUUUACUUAAUGUGCUUUAUCUUCUUAUAUUUUUAAACUUAUCUAAUCUAUAAAAUUGACACGAUUAAAAAAGAAAACGAACUUGUUCUUGAAGAAAAGUUACAAUAAUUUAUGAAAAAAUAUGGUAAUUUGUUGCAAAAAAGUGGAAAAUCAGUUACUCUUUUAAUUAAAAUUGCAAAUAGCCAAUCAGACUAACUUUUUUUUUUUAUUGAAAAUAUGAUUUCAUUAAUUUCUAAUGAAAUUGAAAACUCCAGAUGUUGAUUUUUCAACUUAAUAUCAGAUUCCUUUUUUUAAAAAAUAUAUUACCAUCAUUUGAAAAAAAAACAUAAUAUUGUAAACUGAAUCUUUUUAUAGAAAUAAAAAUGUUUUUCUUAACAAGAAAUAGUAAUUAAAUUGAUUAAUAAUUUAUCAUUAAUAGUUUAACUUAAAAUAUAAUUUGAAUGGUGAAUAAUUUGAAAAAUGCGAUUUUUUUUGUUGUCAAGUAUCUGUAUACAUAAUGGAAUAUUAUAUUUAAUAUUACACUUAUAUUUAUACACAACAAUCGCUUGAACUGUGUGGGUAAAUUUUUGCGAUAUAAACAGGCACGCACAGACUUUUUUCCCAUAUGUUGCAGGCUUAUUUUUCAAAUUCAUUGUCAGCCACCAAAUAACAUUUUUUUUUUUUAUUAUUAUUAUUAGUUUAUAAUAUAAUCUUUUGCGCUAGGUUUUAUAACAUUCAGGUAAAAAAUAAGGCCUACAUUUAUUUUUUUUCUUACUAAUAUUUACAAAUAUUUCACUGAUACUCCAAACUUUGAAAAGCAUUGUUUUUUUUUAAAUUGUUUUUCAAAGUUUCGAAUUUUCAACAUAAAAAAAAGAAAAAAAAAUUUAAAUAAAACACAUAACGUGAAAAGAGCGACGAUUGAGCCUUAGAUUUAUAGCCGAUUAUAAAAAUAAAUAAUUUUUUUUUUUAUACAAAACUCGCGAAUUAAUUUCAAUUUUGAAGAAUUCAAUUUUUUGGAAAAUUUUAUUUUCUUAAAUAUUGAAUUCUUGAAAAUUUUAUUUUUAUAUUAUAAAACUAAAUAAAUAAUCAACGAUAAUUUUCCAAAAAAUAUAAACUCUCGUAAUUUCUUCAAUCAACUUGUCUAAGGAUUUUGUUGAUUUUUAUUUAUUUUUUUUUUCUUAUUAAAAAUUUUGUUAACCAAUCAUCGAGAAAAACUUUUUUUUUCCAUUGCCAAAAAAUCUUAUCUAAUGUAAUUAAUUUUUAAAAAAAAGUAAUCAAAAAAUACAAUAAGAACUGUACAAAUCUCAUGUUUUAGUCAAUGAUAAGUUAAAAGUUAUAUAUAAUUAUUUUUCUCAUUAAAAAAAGAAAAAACGAGAAUGUAACAGAAUUUAAUUAAUUUUCUUUUUUUAUAAACAUUAAAUUGAAUAUAUAAUUUACUCAAAUUGUUCUCUUUCCACGAAGAAGAGAUGUUUAUCUCAUAUACUUGGACUUUCAGUUGCAUGUACAAAUACUUUUUUUUUUCUUCAUUUAAACGUUAAAUUCUUAAAAAUUAAAGGGAGCGAUUCUUACAAUGCAAAUGGACAAACUUCAUAAUUACUAGAUAAAAUUUGGGACUCAAACCAAGUACAAAAAAAUAACAUAAAAUAGUCAAAAGACAUUAAAAAUAUAUAUAUGUAUAUAUAUAUAUAUUUUUUUUUUUUGAAAAAAGAGGAUAAUAAGAUUAAAAACUAAUACUUGUUAAUUGCGACAAGGUUUGGAUUUUUUUUUUGUUAUCACAUCGCAAUAAGGUUGUUAGUAAAACAUUCUUCGAAUGAAACGAUAUGGAAUCGUCAUUUAUAUUUACAGUUAACGAUUUUCAAGGAUUAUAAUAAUCAUAAUAUUAAUAAUAAUAAUAAUAAGUAUAUGUAUAUAUAAAAGACUUAAUACUAUACAAAAAUUAUCGCCAGAGCUUUAAAAAAAAAACACAAUAUGAAACCGUGGAAGCUUCUUUUUUUUAUAACCUCACUACUGUACAAUAUAAACUAAAUCAAAAUUAAAUACAAAUUAGAAAUUAGAAUAAUGUCGGUGACAUAUUAGCAUCGGUAAUACGAGAAAAAGGGCAUUUCGUUGAAUUUCUUUAGCUCUAUUCAAAUCACAACCUUCUUGCGUUUUUCUUUAUAGUUUUCGAAUUUUUACAAUUUGUAGAUUUUCAGUAAAUGAAACACAAUUUCAAAUUUUAUUCCAACAGGAUGAUACAAAAAAAAAAAAAAAAAAAAGAAA